UUUUCUUUUUCUCUAUGGUUUCUCCGUCUGUCUUGCUGGGUUGUGGUUCGGUUCUGUUUGCUGGGUUUCGUGGGUCAGAUCGGCGUGUGGGUUGUGGCCUGGUUCUGUUUUUAGACGAUAGGGAUUUACAUCCCAUCCAACUCGCCGGGUCGACUCGCUCUCCAUUUUCUCCUGAGUGAGUUUCUCUCUUACUCUCAUUUUUUGUUUCUCGCACUUUCCUACUAAAAACGAAAAACAAAAAUCUGGGUUCCUUGUCAUUUGUCGAUUCAGUACCCAUUUUCACUGUUUUUCAAGGUUGAAGGAAAGCAAUGUCAGACAAUUUAUCUAUGUUGGACUCUCUACCUCAUGAAAUCCUGACCAAUGUUUUCGUUCGCCUACCUAUAAAAUCCAUAGUAACAUGCACAGCAGUCUGCAAAACAUGGAAAUCUCUCAUCCAAAACCCAACCUUCAUUUCCAACCAUCUCCACCACUCCUCCAACAACAAUAACAACAAACACCCCCUACUCCUCUUCAGGCACUGCUCUUUGGAAAAUGAACAUUACGUUUUGCAUUUUGAUAACCAAGAUUUCAAUGAGUACACCAGGUUUGAUGACUUCCCUUUUCAAGGUCAAAGCUAUGAUGGAAUAUUUCUUGUAGUGGGUACUUGUAAUGGCCUCAUCUUCCUUGCUGAUGAUUUAUAUGGGCACCAUAAGUUCUUUCUCUGGAACCCUUGUGUUAGAAAGUUUGUCAAACUUCCUAAACCCAAUAUCACCUGCUUUUCACAUGACGCCUUUGACGCCUCUGUUGGGUUUGGAUUUGAUUCCAAAACCGAUGACUAUAAGGUGGUGAGGUUGGUGACUCUUGAAGAAAAAGGCCAAGAGGGUAAGUCUCCACCGGAGGUGGAGGUUUACUCACUCUCCACAGGAAAAUGGAGAAUGCUUACUGCUUCGCCUCCUAUAGGUGCUGCACGUGGUCGUAAGCCGGAGGCUUUUGUCAAUGGGGCUCUGCAUUGGGUUGCUUUAACGAAGACUGGGAACAAAUUUCUUAAUUUUGUUAUGGUGUUUGAUUUGGGGGAAGAGGUCUUCCGUGAGAUAGCACUGCCGAAACUUUCAGGUCAAAAUGGAGAUGAGUAUUGGGUGAGCGUAUCUAUUUCAGCGUAUGGGAAUUCCCUUGCCCUGUUUCAACAGGGGUUUUCUAUUAACCGUCUGCGUAUAUGGGUGAUGAAAGACUAUGCGGAUGCAUCAUCAUGGACCAAAAUUAUAAGUUUGUCUGAUUUAGUUUUCAUAGAGGGCAUACCAAGGUCUUGUAUACCUAAGGGUUUUAGGAAGAGUGGUGAGGUUAUUCUGGAAAUGUAUGGAGGAUACCUCGGCUCACGGGACCUUAAGACCAAAGAGUUUAAAGAUCUUAGAAUUCGUGGAUAUGCAUAUACUUUUGUUGAUUCUUAUGUUGAGAGCCUAGUUUUACUUGACAAACCCAACCAACAAAGGAAAAGACAGAAAAGAAAGAGGAACAACAACAGGAAAGGCAGCAACCUUGGAGGUAGGAAUUCAUAAGGCUUUCUCUGGGACGGCAUUGAUACUUUUCCUUAGAUAUGGAGUGGCCUAACUUGGACCUUUUGAAAUCAUGCUUGAUGAUGUGUUAUACGUAAUUAACAAACUUUAACUCAGGGAAAGAAAAGAUUCAACAAAGCGUUUUGAUGGGGUUUAGUUUCUUAGUAUUGGCAUUAGUUUUUAUGUCAAAAUGGAUUGUAGUAGUUAUUAUGUGAAUUUACUUUGUUAAAACUCAUUUGGGCUACACCACUCUUAUGUCUGUAAUUCUGGAUGAUAUUUAGUUUGGUUUCAGUGUGUUUAUAAAAAUGAUUUAGUGCUAAACCGUCUGCCAUGCUUGCAUUG